UGGUAUGAUCGUGUAACAUUAUAAGAUAUUGAUGUCUACAUUACCUGUAAGAUGUGAUAUAUUGUAAGCAAUAUAUGAUUUAUAAGGUAGUGAAAAUGAGAGUGAAUGCAGAUUAAGUUGAAUUUGCAUGUGUGACCUUUAUAGGGGAGAUUCACCCCUAUAGAAAUGUAUCCCCUUUGACAAGCAAGUUACCUCUUUCAGAUUAUUCGAGUCCCAGCUUGAGAUAGCCAAGAUCGCGGAGAUGAUCCACACGGCCUCCUUGGUCCACGAUGACGUCAUCGACGCAAGUGAUACCCGCCGCGGGAAACCCUCCGUGAAUUCGCUCUACGGACAACGCAAGGCCGUGAUGGCUGGGGACUACAUCUUGUCCGUCGCCUCCGCGAUGCUGGCCAGGAUCCGCAACGAGGAGGUCAUCGUGAUACUGUCUCAGGUGCUGAGCGACCUGGUUCAGGGGGAGUUCAUGCAAUUAGGCUCGAAGGAGAACGAGAACGAGAGAUUUGCGCAUUACCUCAAGAAGAGCUUCAAGAAAACGGCGUCACUCUUGGCGUACUCCUGCAAAGCGGUGGCUCUAUUGUCAGGUGCAGAUGAGGAUCUGCAGGAAGUGGCCUUCCAGUAUGGCCGAAAUGUUGGCAUUGCUUUCCAGCUUCUUGAUGAUAUUCUUGAUUUGGUGGCUUCCUCCAAUGAGAUUGGCAAGCCAACGGUCACAGACCUGAAGCUGGGACUAGCUACAGCACCUGUUUUAUUUGCUUGCGAGAAGUUCCCUGAACUAAAUCCAAUGAUCAUGAGGAGAUUCCAAGAACCUGGAGAUGUACAGAAGGCAUUUGAGUUUGUGCACAAGAGUGAUGGAUUAGAACAAACUCAGUUUUUGGCUCGGCAGCAUUGUGACGAGGCUGUCAGGGUCAUCAGUUCCCUCAAGCCAUCGAUAGAACAAAAAGCACUCAUCACCUUAACAGACAGAGUGCUCAACCGUGGAAAAUAGUGAAUGUAUUCUUAAAAUCAAUAGAAUUUUUGCAGCUAAUUUACUCACAUGCACAGAAUCUGGCAGAUACAAGCAAGUUCAGGAUUAUCAAAUAGCUGGUGAAGUCUAGUGUUGACCUUUGCUGCCUUUUUUGUUUGUACUAUAAUUGUUGUUUAUUUUAUCCAGUUGUAAGUAUUUGUUUCCUGUAUUAUUUCUAAUUAUUGCAGUUAAGGUAAUGCAAGGACGCAUCUAGUAUUUUUUGCAUUGUUUGUGGUUACUGCAGGUAGACUACCAAGUUUCUGAAAGUUGAUAGGCUGUAAAUAGGAAAAAAAAAGUUUAAAAGCAUUUAUUUUUUUACUUCCACUCGGCAUGUCUGGUACAAAAUAUUAAACUAGAUAGCCACCAUUUCCAUUUGAAUCUUCCAUUUUUGGCUGAAGAAGAGACCGUAUCUUCACUGAGUGUUGACUCGAGAAGUACUAUAAUUUUUCCGGAAGACUGGAAGUGUUGCUAGCUCCAGAUAUUUUGCCUUUAAACUAAUAACUGUUAAUAGUUAUCUUGCAUUAACAGUCACAAAGAAAAACUACAGAGACCAAGAGCUUGUUAUCAUGUCACUAUUAGAAGAUUAGUAGAUCUGCCCCAGGGAGUUGACAUCUCUGACAGCCAGAUUUUGACUGUGUGUGGUCGUAUCAUGAUGAUGAGUCUUGUAGAUGAUCUAAGUAUUUAAUUGAAGUAUUUAUUCUUUUAAUUCAUAUUAGCACUAAGGGCAGGCAGGAAUGAAUGGCUCCCAGUGUUCUACUACAGCUUUACUUUUCUUCAAGACUCCAUAUGUGGAGUUUCAUUGUUAACUACCUUGUUACCUCUAGUUAGGGUCUUUUAACCUGCUUGUCCUCUUAGGCCUCUGACUGUUUUGUAGUUAUAGAAGAAAUCAAGGUGUAUAUAUGUUUUGUUUCUUAAUGUAUUUUAUGAAUUUGCAUCAGUGAUAUUAACUGAAAUUUACAUUAAGCUAUCCAUCAUACAAGACACUUGAAGGCUUACGUGCAGAAAUGGAUGGAUAUUAGUGUGGUGGCGAGAGUGGGUCUGGGUGUCGGGAUCCAGUGCCUUAAUGGCUCCUGUCCUGUGUGGCAACUAACAGAUUUUGUAUACAGAAAUAAGUUUUUUUUCUUCAGAUUUUUACAAGUUUGGUGGAUUUAAGCUGUUAAUUAUCUCAUGUACUUUAAAUUUACAUUUAAAAUUGGUUAUACUGAUUUUAUCACUUUAUGAAUACCAAGAAUUUUUGAAUUAUCUGCAUGAAUUGGAAGUUCAUACAAGAUCUGCUAGUUGGUUGUACAUUGUACAUGCCAUCUCUUGUCUUCUGUUGCUCAAAGUAGAUGUGGUUCAUGGCAGCACACAACUGGUGCAUGUUUUCCAAUGAUAGCUGUAUAUAUUGUGUUGUUUGCUUCUCAGUUGAGAGAUAGAGUAGAUAUAUUUAUUUGAUAUUUAUCCGGUGUGAGUGUAACUGGUGCUGAAGGUUUUACCAGUGAAGUCUUUUGGUGUAGAUUUGUUGUUAAAAUCAAUACUAAAGGACACUAAGAAUGUUAAACUUAAGUUAGUGUGCACAUGUACAUGUCAGAGUAGUUGUGUGGAGUCUGAACUUGCAACUCGUCUCAGCUGCCCCGCCACCCCACAUCAUGCUGUUGUUGAAGUACCAUCAAAAUGAUUGCUAUUUAGUGGAAAGUUUUGGUAUUAAAAUUAUGCCCAACGAUCAACUUGAUAUUGUCAGAAUAACUUUAUUUACAUCUAUUUUUUUAACUCCUGAUAUGGUAAUGACAUCUUUAAUCUGAUAGUUUUACCUUAUAGCAUUCCAUAUAGAUACAUAGCAAAGAUUUUGCAUGGUACUGUUGUGUAUUAAUUAAUCAGAGUUUAUUUUUCGUAUAGUUGCAGAGGUAGAGGUUGUGGGUCUAGUGUAUACUUGGCUAAUUUUUACAGAGCUUGAGCUGGUCAUUAGCAGUUUCCAAAGAUCUUUAUUGCAAUAUUAUCUUAAUUUUGUAUAGCUGAGUUUGUUUGCACACACUCACUCAUAUAUAUAUAUGUAUGUAUAUGUAUAUUAAUGAAUAUGAUAGAUAGUCAAUCAAGUUUUUGUCAAUGCAUAUUUUCCUUUUUUGUUAUUUUCCCCAGAUUUUGUAAAAGGAUUAAUGCUUGUGGAUAUUUUUUAGCUCGUAUAGCUUUCUGAGUUAAAUGAGUUUAGGUUCUGUUAAGUCACAAAUUAAAUGGGUGCUUCCUCUGUUAUGCUUUUGUAAGUAUGCCAAACUGUAAUCAUGUUGCAUAUACUGAUUGCUUUGUUAAUGUUGCAUCCAGUACAUUUCUUCUUGUAAUUUUUCCUAACAUUUAUUAGGUUUAAGCUAUUCAGUAUAAUUGAUUUAUCAGUUGUUCUGAUAAAGAUAUCAAAUUAUAUAGUUUUUAUAUCUAUACAUUUGUUUGCUUACACUUAUUAAGGAGUGUACAAAGGAUGUUUAUCACUGAACUGAAACUUGUAUUGCAUAUAACUGCUUGAAUAAUUACAUCAGGUCAUUUGAUAUUUCUAUUCGAGGCUGUCUUCAUUUGAAAAUAAAAUUCUAAUGGGUGAUAUGGAUUAAUUCCCAUGCUCUUUCUCUCAUAUAUAUUAUUCUUUCCAAGUAUGAAGAUUACUAUCUCUGAAUAAUUCAAGUAAUCCCAAAGGUAAAAUUGAUGGCUAAAUCUAGAUUAAAUGAUCCUCACAAUAUCAGAAUGGGCUGCUGUAAGAAAGUUCAGUAAUAAUCUAUGAUUUUUUUUUUUUUUAAGUAGUAUUUUUAGUGUCCUGUUCCAUAAUGUCAUAAAAGGCUAUUUGUACUUUUAUAUACAUUUUUUAUUUAUGUAAUUUUUACUUUAUUGUCAGAUACAUUGAAUAGGUAAUAAUAUAUUUUGCAAAAUAUAAGCAGAGAAAAUCGGGUAACGGCGCACAACUGUACUGUGAAGAUAGUACUUAAUAAUAGUGAUACCUUAAAGCGUAAAUGUUUUAUGUGAUUAUUUGGACACAUAGCUGUAGCAUCCUUGAAAUUAUAGAGGACACAGAUAGACCAGCACUUGAAUUAGGAAAAUUGUUAGAGUAUUUGUCUUAGUAUUUGCUUUAAGAAAAUCAUAAUUAGUAUGAAAUAUUUAUUGAUUUUGGCUUAGUGGAAUACUCAAGACCAUAAUCCUGUAUUUUAGCAUAAUGACCAAACUUCAUAACAUAGUAUAGAUGCUGAUGAAGGAUGUUUAUUUGUAAAUAAAGAAAAAGAUUGUGGAUAAAUGGUGUGGAGCUCAUGUGACCUCAGUCUUUCUUGCCAUCAGUGAAGGAGAAACAUUGCCUGACUGGCCAGCCAAGCCCUGUGCAGAAUAUAAACAUUGUUAAUAAAACAAUAUUCUUGUA